AUGGCAGGCGAAACCGUCCAGGUGGGAUCGCAGAUGAAAUAUCUGGGUCUCGUCAUCGACAGCCAGUGGACGUUCGAGCCGCACUUCGACUCCCUGAUUCCGAAAGUGUCGGUGGUUGCUAAUGCCAUCGGCGAGGCGGGAGACGCGGUGCGCCGACUUUACGAGGGCGUCGUUCGGUCCCGAGUGAUGUACGGGGCCCCGGUAUGGGCGGACGACCUGAUGGCGAGUCGUCGCAGCAUCCUGCUCCUGAGGAGACUGCACAGGGUAACCGCCAUCAGAAUCAUUAGAGUAUGGCAUCUGGGAAAAGAUCAGACCGAGCAGGCGGCACCAAACGACAUAGGAACCGCCGAGGAGGACACGUGGGACCGGUGGCGAUCCCAGCUGAUCGAAGAGGGAGGAGAACAUCGGGGUGCGGAGGCGGUUCUCCUAAACUGGGAGGCAUGGAGAAGCCGCCACGGCCUCCCGCUCACAUUCAGACUGACCCAGGUGCUCACCGGACAUGGCGUGUUCAGCGAGUUCCUGAAGAGAAUUGGACGAGAGACGACAGACAUCUGUCACCACUGCGGAGAGGGCAGGGACACGGCGCAGCACACCCUGGAGCUCUGUCCGGCGUGGGAGCUGCCCCGCUACACUCUGCGACACGCCAUAGGAGGAACAUUGACUCCCCCCCCCCCUCCACCAGCGAUUGUAGAGGCGAUGUUGAGAGGGCCACAGGAAUACGAGGCCGUCCGCCUCUUCUGCAAGCGAGUUAUGCUCGCGAAGGAGCUACGCGGAAGGAGGAGGAGCGGAAGGGCUACGCUCACUAAGGGUCACAACCGAAGACGACGGGUUGCGAAUUCGAAUCCUCGGCCUGCAAAAUAUAUUUGCAAAAGGAUGGAAAAGCCAAAAUCUCUCUUAAAGGUGAUAUACAAAAUGCAAGCGCCCAGCCCGCCCGUCUCCCUUGCGCUGUUGUGGGUGUACCUUCUAGGAGUGCUUGGUAAAGGUGUGCUUGGUGUUAUUAAGCACACAGCAGGCCCCGACGAUCGACUUGCGGCUGGUUACGCCCCGCAGUGGAGGUUUUAG